UUGCAGCUUUUGCACCAAAUUUAUUCAAAUAGACAAUCGUUAUAUCGAAUAUUUCCGGCACCAUUUCGGCCGGUUGCUUGGCGUACAGUUGCCUUUAUUGCGCUUAUUCAGUAUAUAUUUUCAAUUGUAUUACCGCAUGAUGAACUUUAUAUACAAAAUUCUUCUGGUGAACGAGUUUGGAAGAAACUGAACGGGUUUGUAUCGUACAUCCUAUUACUGUUACUGUAUAUUUUGGGUGCAGCGCUUCGAUUUUAUAGAGGUUCCAUAAUCUAUGAGCAAUGGGCUGAAGUUCUUUCAUUGCUCAAUCUGCUUUCGUUUGCCACGGUACUGCUUCUGUACACCAGAGCUCAUCUGGCAGAGAAUCUAAAUGGUUAGUU